AUGAAGCUGGCGCACGGGGCCUUGCGCCUCGACAGCGCCCAGCGCCCCCGGGAGGCCUACGUGGAGUACCUGAAGAGCAUCCGCUACAUCUCCCAGGCCCUGCUGGAGGAGGCAGCGGCCGCCCCUGAUGGGGCCGAGGGGGUGACGCCCGACACGGCCAAGAUGCUGAAGCUCGCGGAGCAGUGCCUGGAGAGAGCUAAGUCCAGCGUGGCUGAGCUCGGGAAGACCCAGGUGAAGCCAGCAGCCCCCGAGAAGGGCCCAGGCCCCGCUCCCGUCUCCCGGCACCGCAGGGUCUUCUCGGACGAGGGAGGGAAGCUGUCGCCCUUCCUGCCUCCAGAGAUCUUCCAGAAGUUGCAGGUCGCUGAGGCGCAGGGCUCCAAGAAGGAGCUCACACCACUGGAGGAGGCAUCACUGCAGAACCAGAAGCUGAAGGCCACGUACGAGGCACGCCUGGCCCGGCUCAACCCCAGCCAGGCCCUGCAGAAGACCUCUCUGACGCUGUCCCUCCAGCGGCAGAUGAUGGAGAACCUGGUGAUCGCUAAGGCACGGGAGGAGACCCUCCAGCGCAAGAUGGAGGAGCGCCGGCUGCGCCUCCAGGAGGCAGCCAACAGGCGGUUCUCCAGCAGCGUGGCCCUAACCCCUGAGGAACAGGAGCAGCGGGAGCUCUAUGCCGCCAUCCUGGAGUACGAGCAAGACCAUGAGUGGCCCCGGCUCUGGAAGACCAAGCUGAGGAGGAACCCGGCAGACCUCACCCUGGUGUCCGGCCUCUUCUCCUGCCUCCUCAGCUGUCCCGACCAUCCCAUCUGCCAGCUGCUGCGGAAACUGCAGUGUGCAGUCUACAGCCGUCUCUACCCUGUGGUUAGCCGGGGCAUGGGCGACCCCAUGACCUGCCUGUCACUAGAUGCUGAGGGGCUGUCAGAGCCGGGGGGCCGGCGGCUCCGGGCCUCGCAGAGCCUGCACUGCAUGUUCUCCGUGCACGAGACCAACCAGCUCAACCUGCGCCACAGCCUCUCCAGCGCCCCCCUCAUCGAGGACCCGCCCACCCCUGCCUCUAGCCCCUGCCCGCCCCAGCGGGACAGCUCCUUUGAGGACCUGGAGCGGUUCCUGAUGGGGCCUGAGGGUGCAGCCCCAGCUGAGAAGAAGGUGGCAUCUCUCCCAGAGCAGCUGAAAGGCAUCGUGAAGGACAUCCACAAUGCCAUGGACCAGCUCCUGUCCCUGGCCCUGCUGGCCUUCGAGAGCCUCAACGCCGCCCCCGCCAAGGACCAGUGCCUGGCCUGCAUUGAGGAAGCCUUCUUCCCCCCGCUCUGGGCCCCACUGCUGGCUUUGUACAGAGCCGUGUACAAGGCCCAGGAAGCUGCCCUUUCAUGGGGCAUGGAGCGCCACCACAACACACCACCUGCGGACAUGGGGGUCCCCUCCAAGCUGCUGCCCUGGGACAGUGCAAUGCAGGUGCCGGGCUCCUACCCCUACAGCGCUGCCGUGCAGGAGCUGCGGCUCAUUGCCCUCGAGAGCUGCCCGCAGAGGAAGCUGGACUGCAUUGUGCGAGCUCUGCGCAUGAUCUGCGAGUGUGCUGAGGAAUACUGCGGGGCACGGGAGAGCCAGCCCCCCGCGGCUGCUAUUGGUGCUGACGACCUGCUGCCCAUCCUAUCCUACGUGGCCGUGCGGAGCAGCCUGCCCCAGCUGGUGUCGGAGUGCGCUGCGCUGGAGGAGUUCAUCCAUGAAGGGUACCUGAUCGGCGAGGAGGGGUACUGCCUGACCUCCCUGCAGAGCGCCUUGGCCUUCCUGGAGUCCCUGCCCGCUGGGCCCGCAGCCAAAUAGUGG